AUGGCAGAGGGAAUCUAUGAUGAUGUGGGCAGCUUUGAGCUGAGUGAGAUGGACAGAAGAGAGAGAGUGGAGAAGAUGGUGGAUAUUUAUGUGAGUGUAGAUGCUGUUAGAGCUCAGGAUACCAACACAAAACCGAAAGCAUCGCACAAAGGAAGCAGAUGUUCCAGACUGGCUGUGGUGUGUGUGGGGCUGCUGUGUGUUCUCCUGCUGACCACCAACAUAGUCUUCUAUAUUAAUGUGAAAGAGGAGAAAGAUGGUCUGGCCCAAACUAUCUCCUCUUUGAAAGUCAACUUCACUGCAGGGAGAGAGACCCUCUUAUCCAGUAUCAGAAACCUGACUGAAGAAAGAGACCAGCUAAAGAGCAGCUACCAGAAUCUGACUGAGGAGAGAGACCAGAAAAACAGAUGGUUAGACAAGCUACGUUUAGAAGAUUUGAAGAAAUUUGGGAGUAGCUAUUACUACUUCUCUACUGACCGCAAGAGCUGGAGUGAGGCCAGGCGGGACUGCAGAGAGAGAGGAGCAGAUCUGGUGAUCAUAAACAGCAGAGAGGAACAGGAGUUCAUUAAGAAUGAAAAACAAAUAUGUCUGGAUUGGUCUGAGUGAUGAAGAAAGAGAAGGAGAC